CAGUAGAAAUAGGUAUAGUAUAUGUCAUAUAGGCAAGUUUUACUUUCAUUAGGCUACUGGACUGUGCAAUGUGUUGCCAAUUUAGUGUUUAGUGUACUCAUAAUUUUUAAAAAAGAAGGCUUGAUGCACCAGACAUUAUUGGUAAUCAUGCUUUCUGCCCUAAAAAUGUACUGCACUAAAACGUUUUGGAUGGGAGGCAAUGAAAUUCAAGUUGCAGUAUCCUAUUUUCAAUUGCUUUAAGAAAACACUAUCACACCUGCGUUUGGGUUCCACCCUUGAUUAUUUGGAAAGCUAUCUGAGCUAAAGCAUAGCUAUUUUUAACAGGAGUAGCAGGGCAUAUUUUAAAUGGUCCCUUUUCACCACUCUAUCCUGUGGUGGGGGAGAAAAAUACCCCUGAAGUACCCCAAGGAGACUACGGUUGCCAUGUCUUGAAAUGAAAAGAGCACCGUUAAUCUGACAGUGAAUUUAUCCGUGCAUCUUGCAAUGAUCUGAACCGGAGGUAGGGGGGGUGAUCUAAUUGAGGAAUGUCAUCUCUACGGGAAUUCGCCUGCCUGAGCCAGUCAUUGAGAUGAAUGGAAGGGGAGGCGCACUCAUUGGCUUGCAUCAGUGAUCCGGGAGGCUGCUGCUCGCUGAUGAUGUAGAGGCAUCCCCCCACGGUGAGGCGGAGGUGGCUGGUUUCUACCGCUGUCGCCUUCAGCAGUCUCGAAUCCCAGUGAAGGACAAGCGCGCAAUAUCUCGCAGCUCUCCUUACGCUCUGGCGCGGGUUUCCUGGACUACCAACUAUCUCGCGCGCAGCUUCAAGCUCUGUUGAUCCGGCCAACAAGUAACGGCGCUCGUGUGAGAGCCCCGGGGAUUUCACGUUUCGCCGGAGCAAACAAGGUAGGGCGGUCGAACCCAAACUGACAGGUGCUCAGGUUCAGUCAGAUGGCUCUCUCAACGCCGGUUAAGAGGACUCGGAAAUGGAGGGAGGACUUGCAACAGUUUCGGAGGAGCCACGGCCUCUCCAAGAAAGCUCUGCUCAGCUGCUGCCUGGUGAACCGCAUCGUAGCCUGGGCGUCGCCCAGCACUAAAGUGGGUGGAACAGGCUCCGCCUCCAAGACAAUGGGUCUGCGAGGUUGCAGCGUCCACAGAUGGUGCUGCGCGCGUCGGGGUAGGACCUCCCCGAGCACCAGAGAAAAGCGGAGGGGGAAACUCCGAGAGAGAGAGGGAGAAAAAGGGAUAGAGAGAGAGAGACGGAGAAGGGAGAGGGAGAGAGCCGCUGCUUCGUGCUGGGAGAACGAGGUUAAAGCUGCGUCUCCCCAAAGCGCCGAUGACCUCGCUGCUCCGGCUCCACGUGCUGCGGCCGGCAGUCUCCCGCCACCGCGCGUGACAUCACCGCCGUCCCGCCGUCCCGCGGUCCCGCGGAGGGCUGAGCGCAGGACCCCCGCUCUCUCCCGAAAGUGGAGCUCAACUUCUCUCUCAGAGAGACUUCUUCUCUUCUUUUUUUAUUUUUACUUUUUUUAUCCUGAGGGGAUUAAACGACCCCCCACGCCACCCUUUCUCAAGAUGAGCAGCUGCAGGAGGAGGUGCAAGAGGGAGAUUCUCAAAUUCGCCCAGUACCUCUUCAGGUUGGUCACGGGCACCCUCAACACAGACAGCGUGGAGGAUGAGCUGGAGCUGUCCACGGUCCGCCACCGUCCCGAGGCCCUGGAGCAGCUGGAGGCCCAGACCAGGUUCUCCAGGAAGGAGCUGCAGAUCCUCUACAGAGGCUUCAAAAACGAAUGCCCGAGUGGGGUCGUGAACGAGGACACCUUUAAAGACAUAUAUUCACAGUUCUUCCCACAGGGAGAUGCAUCGACGUAUGCACAUUUUCUGUUCAAUGCAUUCGACACAGACCACAACGGAUCUGUGAGUUUUGAGGACUUUGUCAUGGGUCUCUCGAUUCUGCUACGAGGUUCAGUCCAAGAAAAACUCAACUGGGCGUUUAAUUUGUAUGAUAUUAAUAAAGAUGGAUAUAUAACUAAAGAGGAAAUGCUAGACAUAAUGAAGGCUAUUUAUGAUAUGAUGGGGAAAUGCACAUACCCAAUACUGAAAGAGGAGGCACCCAGACAGCACGUGGAAAUCUUCUUUCAGAAAAUGGACAAAAACAGGGAUGGAGUGGUGACCAUAGAUGAGUUCAUCGACUGCUGCCAAAACGAUGAAAAUAUAAUGAGGUCGUUGCAGCUCUUUGAAAACGUAAUUUAACUUGAGACCGGCUCAGAACUACUCUGGCACCCCCCCCCCCCCCCCCCCCCCUUUGUCUCCAUCAAUUUCUUAUCAGAACGUUCAAAUUCAUACUGCAUAAAUGACGUCAUCAGCGACGCGUUGGGAAGGAUAUGUCUGUGUAUUAUGCAAAAUAAGCUUGUCUGACCGCUAUGAUCCCAUUCGAUUGUUGUUCUUCUUUUAUGUUUUCUUUAAAAAAAUAAAUAAAUUCAAGAAACCGUAGGCUCCUUUUUAGUUUAGACCUCAUGCCUUUUUAUGUUAAAAGAUAUGAACGAUUCUAGAACUUUUAAUGUAUGAAAGCACUGUCUAUUCCAGCAUUUACACCUGUACUGUUGAGUUUCAGUUUGAUCAACCUACGCUCUUUGUCUCCUUAACCGUGUGUAUAGUUUUGUAUUAAUUGCUGUUAGAAUCUCCAGUCAGGACAAGAUCUGUUUCCAGCAUGCACCAAACAAUUUUUUGUGAUUAAAUUUUAGUUUUUGGAGUAUCGCUCAUGCCCGUAGUCUGUGAACUUCGAUAAAGACCAUGCACAUGCGACUCGUAACUCGGUGUACUGACAUUCCCGUUAGAAUCUUGAACAUUCACUUCCUGGUUUUUGGAGUGCCCCGCUUCCAGACAAUAGCGAUGUCGGAAAUGACUGGGCCUACGUCAGCGAUUUGACGGGAUGGUGUGGUCACUAACAACUGGCAGGCAGAGACUGGAGUGUGUUUGAAAGCCCGUGCAGGUAUACCUGUCCCAAGCACUGGAAAUGCCUUCAGGCCAGUACAUUUUCAAUUUCAUUUUCAUUUUUAAAAAGUCUCUAGUCUAAUUAAUUUUUAUGGUAAUGUGACAGAUUUUCUUCAGCUUAUGAUGUAUAUUUAGUUUCAAAUUUCAAGACUAAUGUGCUUCCCUCUGCCUGAAGCAAGUACCUGUUUCCGUCAGAUACAUUACCUAGUUAUUCUCCUACCUGGAAUUAAAAUCUACAUUCCCAGAUUUUUUAAGAAAUGUAAACACUUGGACUGAACUGAAUUUUGUAGUAACUGUAUAAAGUUUUUCGUCAACAUCUUCAAGACUUCACAACUUCAAAAAUAAGUUGUAUAUGAAAGAAAGAUUUCUGUGUCUGCUAACAGAGGAGAAGUAGAACACCCUCGGAGACGUCUCAUCCAGAGUUUUGGUUGAUCAAAUUGAAGCCUCUUGGCUUAUUCAGUCUGGAGCAGGUGCUUAGCUCUGUGUGCUUAUGGAAGCCUCAUGUGUGACUGAGGUCUGUGGACGUGUGAAACGAGGACUCCUUUUACAGUGACCGUUUCUCCUCGUGAGCUCUGUUUCUGCUGUGAUAUUUGUGUUUGCUCGCCGAGCGUCCGCUUUCUGUUUUGCAAUACAACCGAAUCACAAGCACAAAUGAACGUGAACUAGCUGUUGAAAGGUGAAUGUGUGGCAACAUGAAUCAUUUAGUGUAAUGACCUUAAUUUAUUUGCUUAGUAGAUGGCAUUGUCAUGGGCCACUUUUGAGCUUACAUUGCAUAUUUCCUAUUUUUUCCCCCCUAUGGACUGUUUAUUCUGCACAGUAAGAACUUUAUAUAAAGUACUGCACCUCGCUCAAGUAGUGCUAUAUCGAGGAUUUGAACCCAUAUCCCCCUGUCUGCAAGUUCGGUUCCCCUGGCAUUAAACCUCCCCUCUGCCUGAAUACACACAGAACCUCCUUCAGGUUUAAUUUGAUUUUGUGUACUGCUAUAAAUUAUUUCUUAAUCCCAUGUUAAAAUCUCUGAAAUGUCUUUGCUCAAGUGUGACUUCCAAAACCCUGAACAGCUACUCAUUUCAACACAGGAAAUGAAAAAGAAAUGAAUUGCUGACACUGUAUAAUUCUAAGAAAUGUAUAUAACAUUAUAUAAAUGACUUGAACCUCAUAAUGAAUUUCCAACCAGAAUGUAAAUUAUCCCCUAUUUGAUUUCCAUCGUCAUGUUGGAUAAUAGAUGUACCAGUAGAAGCACACAGGUAGUUUAAUUUACCUCAAGUAUGCAAUGAAUGAAAUGAUACUCUACCAUGUAGAAUGAGGCUGGUUUGUUAACUUUACAUGUGUAUAUUUCCUGUAUAUGAUAAUUUGUCUUUUCACAAUAUUUAUGGGUUAUUUUUAAGUUCCGAUGACAUUGUGUUCACAGAAUCUUGUAAAAGCAGAACUUUUUUUUUUUUUUUUAAGGAUACUCAUUGUAAAACAGGUGAUACAGUAGGCUACAUGUAAAGAGCAUAUAUUUUAACGAGAAGAGAUCUUUGGCUUGUGGAGUGUUAUUUAAGUACCACUCUGAUUUAGGCUAUUAUAAAGUCAAUGGAAACACUACUUGUUUGAGGGGCAGAAAGUGAAAUGGUGGCAAGUAUUCCAGUUCAUUCCAUGCACAAGGAUUGAUUUCCUUAUUCGCAGUGGAUUUGCACUAAGCUCAUUCGUUCUGUGUCUGGCACGCGCCCCGCGUACAUAUCCCAGCCAAUCAGGGCCCAGAUUCUCAUUUGCAUCAUGAUUGAUUAGCCACUGCUGUCUCUGAUUAGGGCAUUGAUCUGUUCUGGGAAAUCAGACUGAAAGGAAAAUAAUUGGCAGGGCCGAGAUCCGCCCGGCAGCGGUGCAUGCUGGGUAACGGAUUCACACCCUCACAUCACCUUUCCUGCCCUGCAGCUUCAGGAAGUCACUAAAAAGCUUUAUUCAGGUUCUGACCAUCAGCGCUGUUGGUAAGAGAAGCAUUUGUCCGGGGGAAAUUAAC